UCAGGCAGACGCGCACUCACGGGGUUGACGCCUGGAACGGAAUACACGGUCACUGUCCAGGCACGGAACGACCACGGUUCCUCGGCGUUCGUCACUCCCGCCGCUGGCCAUCGUGCCCCGGGGGCCUGUGAGAGACGCAGACGCGGUGACGGGCAGCCAGACCUCCAGCCUCACGCCCUUGCUCCUCCUCGUCCUCUCCCUCGCCGCCCUCGCCCUCCUCGCCAUCAACUUCAUCGUCGUCACCUGCUUCAUCCGCUGGCGCAGCAGGAAUUCCACGUCGAUCGCUUCCUCUUCCACCAAGAAGAUCUCCUUAGACUCUGUCGGGGAGACGCCAGGUUCAAGCCCCGAGGCCACCCAUCGGCAAGUCCUCCUCUCGCUUACAACGUUGUCCUCCACUUCGCCUCCAGCCUAUAGGGUCGAAUGCCAGACGAGCCUGGACGGCAAGGAGAGCGCCGCCCUGCAGACGCCUGUGGUGGCGAUGGUCCGCCCCUCGAACUUCGCGCUGCAGCAGGGCGACCGCAGGAACAGCAGCGUCUAUCUCACGGCCGCCGACAGGGUCCCCGCCCCGCCGCAGGACGCCCGGAUGCAUCCCUCGGCCAAUCCCGGGAGCAGGGAGGCCUCCAUGCGAGGGAGUCCCAUGCUGCCCAACGGAAGGAUCCCCGGCCAGGUGAGCUGCGUGGUAGGACUCGCUCCCGAGGCCGAGGUCUGUUCCGUGGGCUCGGGAUCCUACGACGCCGUGACCAAGCACCACCGAAGGAGGUCCGACGGGCUGGACGACCAGAUAUCCUUGUGCUCGCACCACAGCGACCACUCCUACGUGUACUCGCAGGACUACAUUCGCCAGGUGUCGCAAGCCCUCCACCUGCACAACCAGGAGCGAGCCAGGAGAAAGGCCGUCCACCGAGCCAAGACGCAGCAGGAGAAGGAGGCGCAGAACCAGAAGGCGCAGCAGAAGACGGCGAAGGAAGCCUCUGCCUAUCCAGGCCUUAAUCCUGCGGGUCCGUAUAGCAUAAGCUUCUCCAAGACACGCCCCUGGGAUACGCUACUCUGGGCACCAGACGCCCCGCCUCCUCCAAGCUAGCGACGAUACAAAGGUCGAGGUCCCCCACCGCGUCCCUGCGGUGCACUACGCCCACGCCCGCUCAGACCCCGCCCUGCUUCAGCCUGAACCCCGACGGCGGAGGGGGCACGGUCCUGAAGCUGUCGGUGGAGCGCAUCGUCCCCGAGGGCGAGCCGUCGGCGCAGGCCAAGCGGCGGCAGAGCGAGCCCGCGGUGCCCGAGGCGGUGGCAGAGCCGAGGGAGAGGACGGCGGCCGAGGACCCUCCUGAAGGCGGCCCGGGGAGGAGGAGCACCGACGGCGGCGACCAGACCGAAGGCGGAGGGCAUCCGACCGCUCAACAUAUCCAGGAUAACUCCUCCUUCGGUCACCUCCCGCGCGCGCCCGAGGAGAUCCUGCUGGACGCCAUCGUCGGGAGCAUCAAGGCCAAGAAGACGGGCGGUCUGGCGAGGGACAAACCGCCUACGCCGCCCCCUCGAGCGCCUCCUGCAGAGCCCCCUCAGACGGCGGGCGAGAUCCAGGUGCUAGAGGAGGCGGGCGGCAUCACUGUGACUGUGGAAAGUGCUCCGGACGAGGCGAAUUAAGGGCGUCGUUUCCAUUCACCUUUUUAUUACCCAAGGUCGACGAUCUCAUUAUCAUGUUUUAUGUGAUAGGGUCCCUUGUCCUUGAUUUACGUCAUUUGCUUGUUUUGUUUCGUUUUAUAUAUAUAAUAAUUAGUGAUUGGAUUAAUGAACAUUUCGAUUUAUUUUAUUCCUAUAGUCCCUUUGCCACCAUAAACGCACACACACGAGAACCCAUACAAAAAGACCUACUCACAAACAUACAUAGACAGGGGUACACACGAGCACAGAUACGUAUACAGAAAAGCAAACACACACACACACACACACGCACACAAUCCUCAUCCUUCCGUCCAGGACACAUGACCAACACACGAGCAAACCCCGUAGUCCUUACAAACCAACCCAACCUCUCUCAAAAACCCUUCGUAACAAGUGUCAACACCUCAAGGAGAUCGUGACGCAUACGUGUGUCGCCCUCGGAACAAGUGUCACUGUGUUCUGAAUUUCUGUAUUUCGUGUAAAGACUUUGUGAGAGCGAGUGAUUGAACUCACAGGCAAAAGGCAUCUAACAUGACCCGAAGUGUUUCACUAGUAAUAUGUUGAGUAAGAGAGAUACUAAAUAUCAAAAAAGUGC